CUAUUAUACCACAAACAACAAUGUCUGCGCCCAUUGUAAUUGUUUGAAGUUUUAAUUUGACUUGUGUUCCUGCAUUAUUUUGAUAUAAUGGCGUGCUUGAUCAACAACUACCGAUUAAUUGUCUUUAAAAAAAUACAGCAGUGUGCAACUCUGAGGCGUCCUCAGUUCGCGUUAAACACUUCACGUCAACACUUCAAGAAUACCUGUUUGACUCCGGGUUCCUCUAGACCAUUUUCAUCUCACAAACAUCAACAAGCAAAACCAUAUCCUAUGCAGUUGCUUGACAGAAAGCAACAGCCUUUUAACAACUUUGGAGAUUUCAGUUUUCAGAAUUUUUCCUCAACUGCAUGUGCUUUAGUCAAGAGAAAACCUGUUGCUGUCACCGAAAAGGUGAAUGCAGACAUACCGUCAAGGAAUACGACAGUUCAAGUUUUUGACACAUCUGACAAACUUAUAGGUAAAAUGACUUUUGCGAAAGCUGAAGAGCUGGCCAAGCGAGAUGAAAUGAAACUUGUGGAUGUUGGCAAAAAUGUUGAUCGAGUUCCGUGUUUUAAACUUAUGACCGGAAAGCAGCUGUUUGAAGAAGACAUGAAGCAGAAAGGUACAAAAAAGCAGGAAGGUGUUAAAAAGGACAAGGAGUUUCGUAUUAAAAUAAACAUCUCGGAGCAUGACCUGGAAGUGAAGCUGAACCAAAUUAAGGUGACACUGACAAAAGGGAUGAAUGCAAAAAUUGUUGUGAAAGGAGACCGGAGGACUGCUGAGUCAGAAGUCAAUCAGCUGCAGAGCAGUUUAUUGAAGAAAAUUACAGAAAGUGUCCAGGAUCUGGCGACUGUGAAGAAAGCAUCGAAGACAACAAGUGACCUGAUGUUUUUCCUCAAGGCCAAUGAUCAGACGGAGAGUUGAGCACAACACAAUCUGUCAGUUAAAACAUUGAUUAAAACAUAUAGCAGUGUGUUGAAGACUGAUGUUAAGAUACUAUGUAAUGCAGGCUGUCAAGUGUCCCUCUUUUCCUCUACUUUCCCUACUUUUUUUAAAUUUGAGACAAUUUUUUUUACAUAAAUAGAUAAUUAUUGAGAAUUGUUUGUUGAAGUAUAUUUUUAGAUUUUGUGAAAUUAUGAUGGAUCUAGGCUGGAUUCCUCUUGAAGAGACUUGAGACUGAAAUGUCAUACGCCUAAUCAGAGUUCCAAAAGAGCGAUGCAUUCAGCUUGGACUGGAUUCCAGCACUUCCGGACCAGGGCCCCAUUCCACGAACAAAUUGUAGCCAAGGUUAAUUGUAGUGAUUUAAGGUGAGUUUUACAGCUGACACCGUAAACUUUACAGCUGUUCGACAAAGCAACCGUAUGGUAGUUGUAAGUGCCCCUUUAAUUAUUAAUAGAUUCUUUGCAAAGAAGUGCGAAUUAGUUAAAUAAUAAAUUGUUUACCGAGUUUUCGGAACAUGUUGGAUGUAUUCAUUAGUAUAGGACAACCAUGAAGUAACUUUGUCAAUUUAUUCGGUAAGUGAUAAUUGUCGAAUGCAUAAGACAUGAGAGUUAUCUCACUUAUUUUCAUGUGAAGGUCGUUAUGCCUAGACUGUUUUUCAUCGAUCACAGAGUUUCAUAAAAGGUAUUUGGUAUAUAUUAGAUCCAUUUUUACACAAAGAGAUAUCAUCAUCUAGCUGCCAUUUGACAACUACGUUAGUGGCCUACAACUGCCUCGUACCAAUUGUAAAUUUUCACUGUAAUUUACGAUGAUAGUAAGCUACGCCGCGUUGUGGAAUGGGCUGACAAUCGUAGAAAAAAUUUAAGGUCUCAAUGGUAGGUAUUUACGACAAUAGUAGGGCUAAGAUCGCUUCGUUGAACAGGGCCCUGGAGGUGGUGUUGGCAGAAUCAAAGAUGGCAGAUAGUAGUCCAUUCACAUGCAAACUCAGAACUAUUGAACCCAAUUUAUGCAAUGCUCUAAAAACAACGAUGGAACUAUUUUUAACAACCAAGUAGAGCUUAUGUUUAAAUUUUGCUCCAUUGGUUUGAUUUUAUUACUAGUUCCCACUGAAUUCCAGUCACCCAUUCGAGCACUCCUAAUGCAGCUGCAUGCUGGUAAACAAAAUCGGCUGAAAUGUUCUGAAUACUUUUUAUUUUAAUAGACUGGUUGGCUCCCAAAUGUUCCCAGAAAACACAUAUUGGUAUGGCUGCAUAUUAUACAUACCAGAGAACCAUAAAAUGCAUACCCUGUGGCACUGAUCAUAUUUGGUCUCAAGUUUUCUUCAAGAUGGCUCAAGCCAGAAGAUUCUAUCAGUGAGUAACAUUGAAAUAAGAAGACAAGUGGUAAGUUUAUUAGAAAAAUCUCUACUUUUUUGGUAGACAUUCCUAGUCCUAUUUUUCCCCUUACUUUUUCAUAAAAGACCACUUGACAGCCUGUGUAAUGUUUUUGUUUUUUUAUCUCUCAGGUGUCAUAAUUAAUAAAUUACCAGUAUGUAAUCUGAAUAUCGGAUCCAAGAUAUAAUUUGAUUCCCAUCCUAAUAUUUCCCCACAACUGCUGUAUUAGAUAUUGUGGUAAUGUGCUGUCCUGCCUAUGGGAAAGUAUAUACAAAAGAUCCCUUGUUACCAUUUCUGAAGAGUGAACGUAGCUGUGGGUUUCCUAUUAAUACUCAAGACAAGGUAUUACAAUAUUAUGAUACUGGAUAUUAGGAUGCUUAUUUAGGACUGGGUCCUAUUGGCUAAAGAAUUAAAUGUACUAGUUAAUACAAUUAUUGUUGAUUGAACAGUAAAUUUGUUAAUUAAAUUUGUAAAAAAACAACCUGUAAAAGAUGUAGUCGGCUCUUUCCUUUUUUCAAAAUCCCACUGCCCAUUUUCCUUUCUCUCCUUUUGAUUUCCACCUUAAUGCUUCCCAAUCUGGCAGCUCUUAUCUUUAAACAUCUUUCACUGUGCACCUCCACAUCCCAGUCCUCAUCUCUCCAACCAUGACAGGUGCUCGUCUUCUAUGGCCAUCAGUGCCACACACCAGCAAUUUCCCAUCAGGUUUUCACUGUGGACUUAGUGUAACCACUUUGAGAGUGUGCAGUGGUUAAAUCUGGCAUUGUUAACCACAUAGUAUAUUACUCCUUUGUAUACUACCAGAAGUCAAGUCAACUUUCUUUCUAAUGUUUCAGCCACAGGUCUUUUUCAAAAUUACAAUCAAGCUGGCUACUAUAUAAUACUCUCUGUUUUUGGUAUACAUGUACAAUACAAGUAAAACAAAUAUACAUUGAUAAACUCAAAAAUACUUACAGCUGAAACGUCAAAAUAAAAGUUGACUUUGCUUCUUGUUGGUAUUUUUAUCUCUGAAGGUAACUGUGAAGUAAUUCAGUUUGUGUUAAUGAUGUGAAUGGCUUUUUUUUCACAGCAGCUAAUGACUUAAAUUCCAUAAUUUGCAAAACAUUAACAUAGUUCUUCCAUUAUUUGAACUAAUAUUAUAUUGCAGUGAAAAGAGUUAUCAUAGUCAUGUGCAUGCACCAUAUAUAGAAAUAUUUUGCUACCUGUAUGUAUACAUACAAAUAAACUGAUUGAAGACUU